CAACCUUGUGCUUCUACUGACAUAUGCAGGUCCUGAGCAAGUUAAUUUACAAAAUUUUGCUGGAGAAACUAGCAUUGUGAUCUACCUUUUUUCACCCUCCAAGAUGCUGGCAUUCAUUCUCCUGUCCCUCCUCUAUGCUGAAGUGUCCAGUAAUCCAGCUCAGAUGAGGUUCUUCUCUUACUCUGGAGAAUAUGGUGGCAAGAAUGGGGACCCUUUCGACCAAUCAAGUAACCUGCUGGAUGGCCCCAUUACAGCCUUGAGAAUAAGGGCAAACGACAGGUAUAUAGUAAGCAUCCAGGUUCGCUAUGGUGACUCGUGGUCCAGCACUGAAGGGAUCCUGUUGGGUAGCCCAUCUGGCAUGCAGCUGUUUCUCGGAGAAGGAUUUGUGCAGGUCCUGGGCCGUUUUGGAAGCUAUGUGGAGUAUCUUGCCUUCCACACCAAUGUAGGCCGUGUCUUUGCCUUCGGGCCUAGCUCUGGUUCUGGGACCACCUUCGACGCUGAGCCUUUGUUCCCAAACACAAUUCUCCGUUUCAUCAGCGGACGGUCGGGGCCUUUGGUCAAUGCUGUUGGGUUCCACUGGGACAAAGAACAAGAAAUUGGAGGGUGUAAUCAAUCCUCCCUCUCCACACACCAAAAAUAACAACCCAUAUACAGAAG